AUCCUGUCGUUGGGGUUGUAUAUAUAUAUGUUGCAUUUACAAGUAGCAAAUUAUGUUAGGCAGUGACACAAUCUCUAUGUGGCAUUAUUGAGAUUUCAUUAAAAGUACUGGCUUCGUGAUCACUCUUUCAGAAAUUUUGGACAUGUGAUUCAUCUGAUUUUUUCUAUUUUUAUUUUUAGCUUUUAUCUGAAAAUUGGAAAAAACAGAUUUUCUGGCAUUCUUUGGCGUUUCUUCAUAUGAACUAUAUAAAACAAUGUGAAACAACUUUUAUUUAAUCAGUGCGUAACAAUUCACUUAUGGUCAAUAUUAAAAUAAAAAACAUUUUCCAAUCAGAUUCCAAAAAUGGGAAAUGAUGAAAAUAUAGUUAAUAAGAGACAAAAUUGAAUCUUAAAUUUUUAAUGUUUGGUUAUGAUCAGUUAUUUUUUUUCAAUAAAUGUGGUGAUGUUAUAAAUAUUGGAAUAUAUAUUAAAAGGUUCAAUGUAUUAUAAUUAUAUAAAACUAGUUAUAACUCUGUUAAAGUCUAUGGCAAUACAACCAUCAGAAAAAUCCAUAGGAAUUUCCCUACUGCUACAUGUUGCUACCACCUAUGGCCCGUUGACGGGAGGUUGGGUGUUAUAAUAUAAAUUUUAAAUAUUUAGAGGUUAUGCAAUGUUAACAAAUGACAAAAAAAACAACCUACCUAAAUUAUCGAAGAAUGAAAGAAAGAUAGCAAAGAAACAUCAUAAGAAAUCUUUGAACCUUUUAAAGGAGUACGGUUCUGGAAUUCAACUCUCUGAUGAUUCAACUCCUGAUUUGUUUAUUGGAAAUGGUGGUUUAUUAUGUGGAAUGAGUCGAAAAGACAUUUUAUCAUUAUUUAGUAAAUUCGGACCAAUAUCAAAGCUUAUAAUGUUACCUAAAAAAUCAUUUUGUUUUUUAUCCUUCAAGACGGUUCAGUCAAGUAGAGAAGCCUUUACUGCUCUAGACGGCCAUGUCAUGCAUUCUACUACUGGCAUAUCUUCUCCAUUAUAUUUGAAAUUUUUGAAGAAUCCUGUAGAUCAUAUUGUGUUUGAUGGAGAUGUGCAAUAUCCUGUUGUAGGAAAUCCAAAAGCUAUUCAAGAUCUUAUUCUUCAAGAAGAGUUUAUUACUGAAGAAUAUGAAAAAGAACUUAUAAAUUAUUUUGAAAUGAAACAAGUUCAUAAUGGAGAUGAAAAUUUGCUAAAACAUCGCAAGGUAAAGCAUUUUGGGUAUGAAUUCUUGUACGGGAGCAACAAUAUUGAUCGAUCUAAACCAUUAGCUGAGAAGAUACCCGAAAAAUGCAAGGCACUUAUUGACAAAAUGCUCGAACGCAAACUGAUUGAAUUUAUCCCCGAUCAGUUAACAGUCAACCAAUAUGAACCAGGACAAGGUAUACCAGCACAUGUUGACACACACUCAGCUUUUGAAGAUGGCAUAAUUUCGCUUAGCUUGAAUUCACAAGUAACAAUGGAAUUUGUACACCCUAAUGGACAUAUUACUCCUGUACUUCUGCCCAGAAGAAGUUUGCUUGUAAUGAGAGGUGAAUCAAGAUAUCUGCUAUCGCACAGGAUAACUCCUCGAAAAUUUGAUGUUGUUUACCAACAAGAUGAGGGCGCAGAAAGCUCUGACGCAGUCCAUUUAACUGUCAAAGAACGAAACAGACGGAUUUCGUUAACAUUUCGCAAAAUUUUACAUAAGCCAUGCAAUUGUAAGUACGUCACGAAAUGCGAUUCUCAAUUAGCUGAACAAAAAAUAACAAAGACUGAGUUAAAACUACCUCACUCAUCGAGCGAAGCAACCUGUUUGGAAGGCGAGCAUGUGUAUAAAGUAUACGAGGAAAUAGCGGAUCAUUUUAGUGGUACCAGACAUUCUCCAUGGCCGAAAGUAAAAGAAUUCCUGUGUAAUCUACCUGCCGGUUCUCUAGUUGCUGAUGUGGGUUGUGGCAACGGUAAAUAUUUGGGCGUUAACCCAAAACUGAUCACGUUAGGUUCUGAUCGUAGUUUGAAUUUGGCAAAAAUAUGCGUUGAACGGAACUUUGAAGUGACGGUAGCCGAUUGUUUACACACACCAUACAGGACGAGCAGUUUUGAUGCUUGCCUAUGUAUAGCGGUUAUUCAUCAUCUUUCAACUCUGCAAAGGAGACUACAAGCUCUCGAAGAACUUGUGAGAAUAACUCGUGUAGAUGGAUCCAUUUUAGUAUAUGUUUGGGCAUUAGAACAAAAUUUGAACGAGUCUGUUGGAACAAUAUGUGAAUUAGACGGAGCUGGUAAAAAUAGUACGAACGAAAACGAAUGUUGCUCGAAUUUAAACGAGGAAUGUGUCUCGUCCUCCAAGCCUAAAGAAUGCGAGGAUAAUAGUAAUGAUUGUCAUAUAGAAGUGAGCGAAGGACGAAACGUGUUUCAACAACAAGAUCUGUUAGUUCCAUGGCAUCUGAAAGAAAACCAAAAGACAGAAAAUAAAAACACUGCGGGUGAGAAAAAGGAGAACAAAGUAUUUCAUCGUUUUUAUCACGUGUUUAAACAAGGUGAAAUCGAAGAUUUAUGUUCUCGAGUAAAUAACGUUUCUAUCGAGCGAGUGUACUACGAUCGUGGAAACUGGUGUGUUAUAUUAAAGAAAUUGUCUAUUUGACAAUUUGUAAUUUUUAUAAAAAAAGAAUAUUUACUUAUCCUUAAAAA